CGUUAAUAAAUUGCAAACGGCAAGUUGCACUACCGCUUUGAUAACACGUAGUACCAACUACCGCUGAGCUGUGGGCUGUGUAUUAUGAUGAUAACAAGUUAUCGUUAAGCUUAGUUGGCUUGACUGUUAGAAACCGGGGCCUGCGUAACUCGGAGCGCGGCCCAAUAGCAAAAUGGCGGAGCCUGGCCUUGAAACAUUGCGACUAGAGGAUUCCGAUGAUGACUUCAAGUAUGAGGAGGUCGAUGUUAUGAGUGAUGGGGAAGAUGACGCGAGCGAAGACCUUGACGCUGCUCUACGAAAGUUACAAGCGUUCACAGCAAAGCAAGAACCACCGGCAGCGCGUACGCGGUUGCCUGAGGUGCAACCAGGGCAAGUCGUGAAGAAGCCGGAGGUCAUAGAUGACUUCCUGCGCAACUUCUUCAUCAAAAUGGGCCUGUCGCGAACCUGUGAAUGCUUUGAGGCGGAAUGGUACGAGCUUAAAGCGAUUGGCCGCCUAGACAACAACACGACCGUACCUGACGUCUACCUCCGCAACGCGGAGCUGGAGGACGAGGUUGCGGGUCUGCGUCGCGAGCUGGCGGAGGCGCGCUCCAUCGCCUCCCGCGCCAGCUCCACGUGGGACAAAUUCCGCAAGGAGCGCGACUUCCACCGCAUGCAUCACAAGCGGGUGGCGCAGGAGAAGAAUAAGCUGCUGACGGACCUGCGGCGGCUGAAGGAGCACUACGCCAAGUACGAGCCCACCAUCCUGGAGCUCAAAAAGAAGUACGAGACGCUGAUGAAGGAGAAGAUGAUGGCUACGCUGGAGCGGGACAGGCUGGCAGGAAAGGUGGAGGCUCUGGAGGCCAUCAACGCCGCUUCAGCCGCUGCAGCCGCCACCGAACGCAGCUUCGGCGCCGCAUCCGCCACCGCCGGCGCCACCGCCAGCCCCCUUCGCGGCGCCGCCGGGGCCGACGCCACCGCUGCUUCCGGCCGCUCCGGCGCUGCCGCCGCCGCUGCCGGCACCUCGGGCCCUCGCAGCGGCUGGGCGUCGCUGAACGCGCCUGCGCGGCGCAACCCCUACGCUGACCUGGAGUUCCCCGCGGCGCCUGUGAAGAUGCUGUCGCUGAGCAAGACGUUCAAGGGGCACCUGCUGUCGGUUGCCAACCUGGCGCUGCACCCCACCAAGCCCAUCCUGGUGACUGCAUCGGACGACAAGACGUGGAAGAUGUGGCACAUGCCAGGCGGCGACCUGAUCAUGUGUGGCGAGGGCCACAAGGACUGGGUGGCGGGUGUGGACUUCCACCCCGCCGGCACCUGCCUGGCGUCCGGCAGCGGCGACUCCACCGUCAAGAUCUGGGACUUUGAGAAGCAGCGCUGCACCGCCACGUUUACUGACCACAAGCAGGCCAUCUGGUCGGUGCGGUUCCACCACCUUGGAGAGGUGGUGGCGUCAGGCAGCCUGGACCACACGGUCCGGUUGUGGGACCUGCCGGCGUCCAAGUGCCGCAUGGCGCUGCGCGGCCACGUGGACAGCGUCAACGAUGUGGCCUGGAUGCCCUUCACCUCCUCGCUCGCAACCGCCUCCUCCGACAAGACGGUGUCCGUGUGGGACGCGCGCGCGGGGCUGUGCACGCAGACCUACUACGGCCACCAGAACAGCUGCAACGCGGUGGCCUUCAACAUCCUGGGCACCACGCUGGCCUCCACGGAUGCGGACGGAGUAGCCAAGCUGUGGGACACGCGCAUGACCGCCGAGCUGUGCACCAUCAACACGGGCAAGCACCCCGCCAACAAGGCCGCGUUCGACCGAUCGGGGCAGAUGCUGGCGGUGGCGUGCGACGACGGCAAGGUCAAGGCGUACAGCACCAACGAUGGAGUUAUGCAGGUGGAGCUGUCCGGCCACGAGGACGCGGUGCAAGCGGUGGUGUUCGACCCCGCCGGCCACUACCUCAUCUCAUGCGGCUCCGACAACACCUUCCGACUGUGGGCGUGACCUACCUGUCGGAGAGGGGCCCGGGCUUGCCGAGGUUUGCCCGCAGACCGAGCCUGUCCUACAAGGAAGGCAGCCGGGAGCGUUCGGUGCCGGGCAGUAAAGGCGGAUGGAUGGCAUCAAGUCAUGUGGGUUUGCGGAUGAGCUUGCGUUGCUAGCCUGUCGCAACCGGGCCUAGCAGGUUCUGGUUCGUGCGCUAAUGCAUUGGCCAUGGGUCUGUGCGCUGGUGCGGUUAGUGUAUAAAACUUUCUCUGUUUGGUGCGCUGCUGGGGCUUGUGGCUUGCGUGUGAGGGAAAGCCUACGGUAGAGUAAGGUGUAGAGAGCCGCGGACAUGGGCGGUAGGCGGUAGGCAGGUCGCUUCACGCGGUGUCAUGGACUACGCUGCGCAUGGGGCAGCGGUGCCAAGGGGGGGGUACUUGGCGGGGAUGCUGUAGCAGGAGGAGUGUGAGCACAGAUCUGCGAUGAAGCUGUAUUAUUGCGCCGCGUGUGGUGCUGCAUGCGCGCUGAAAAUGCUGCUACCGCAUACCAACGGUAGUUGUGCGUGUGGCGGCGUGCGUACGAGCCAGGCGCCAUGCUGUACCCUGUCUAUCGCGUGCACGGCGUGGACUGUGACCUGAUAUGUAGGGGAGCAAGGCUUAGCAGCGGAACGGCAGGAGUACGGUGACGAACGCGUCUGCCAAAGGUGGGGCACUUCCAAUUUUCGUUGCUGAGUCGGUUUUGGGUUCGUCCGUAACAAGUGAUGGCCAGAUAACUGUAUGCAUGCGGGCCAGGGUACUAACCCUGCAGAAUGCCUUGCUGACUGUAAAGUAUACGCCAAAGCCG